AGCAAGAGGGCAGGUAAAGGAGUUUCUGCACCUGUUCCAUCCGCUCCCAGGAUGCAGAGAGUCCCAGUGCUGCUCUUCCUGGCCUGGACCUGCUUCCUCUUCUUCUCCGCCAUUGGCCUCUUCACCAGUGGCUUCCUACUCAUGCGAGUGGAGCUAGCCAACCACAGCUCCUGCUCUGACGCGUUGGCGUCUUCCUUUCGGGUAGACCUUGGCUCCUGCUGGCUUCCACGACGCUUCUCCAGAGCCAUCCUGCUUGUCAUUGACGCCCUGAAGUUUGAGUUUGCCCAGUUUGACCCUUCCCUGCAGGAGCCCCGUCCCUAUGAGAACAAGCUUGGGUUCCUGCAACAGCUGGCCAUUGGGCAGCCCCACCAUGGCCGCCUGUUCCGCUUCCGGGCCGAUCCCCCCACCACGACCAUGCAGCGCAUCAAGGGGUUCACCACUGGCUCCUUACCCACCUUCAUCGACGCAGGAAGCAACUUUGCUUCGUAUGCCAUCCAGGAGGACAAUCUCAUCUGGCAGAUGGCACAGAACGGGAAAAGGGUGGUCUUCAUGGGGGAUGACACGUGGGAUGGCCUCUUCCCCGGAGCCUUCUUUCGCUCCUACUUUUUCCCUUCGUUCAACGUGAAGGAUCUUCACACUGUCGACGACGGGAUUUUGCAGCAUUUGUACCAGACAGUGGACGGUGGCGAAUGGGACCUGCUGAUUGCCCACUUCCUGGGCGUGGAUCACUGUGGCCAUAAACACGGGCCAGAUCACCCCGAAAUGGCCAAGAAGCUCUCCCAGAUGGACGAAGUGCUCAGGUCACUGGUUGACCACCUGGCGAAUGACACACUGCUCUUGGUGGCAGGGGACCACGGCAUGACGGGGACUGGAGACCACGGGGGAGACACCGAGGAGGAGGUCAACGCCGCUCUCUUUGUGUACAGCAAAGCACCCUUGUUUUGGACGCCUCCGCCUCAGGAGCCACAGACGGUCCCGCAGGUGAACCUGGUCCCCACCCUGGCCCUCCUCCUGGGCAUCCCGGUGCCUUACAGCAACAUCGGGGAAGUGAUGGAUGACCUCUUUGCCACCGAGGGUGAUGCUGCCACCUCGGUCCUUGCCCAGUUGGCAGCCUACAACGUCAAUGCCAGGCAGGUUGACCGCUUCCUGCACACCUACUCGCUGGCUGCCCAGGACAUUCCAGCAGAAAAGUUGGGGCGACUCCAAAGCCUGUUUUCGGCCACUGUGGAGGAACACGAGCAAGUCUUGGCCCAGGCCAGCUUCCCGGAGCUGCCUCAGCUGGAGCGGCUCCAGGGCCAGUUCAGGCAGUACCUCCGAGAGGCCCGGGCUGUCUGUGCGGAGUCCUGGGCCCGCUUCCACCUGAUCCGCAUGCUCUCUGGCUGCGCCCUCCUGACCUCCUCCUGCCUGCUGUGCUACGUAGCAUCCCGGGUGGCCACCGGCCUGAGCUUCUCUUACCGCCGCCUCCUGUGGUACCCCUUGCUCUGGGGGGCAGCAGGGGUGGCCGGAGCGGGAGCGAUGCAUCUCUCUGGCGUGGCCACAACAGACUUGUUGCUUCUGUCUUCCUGGGCAGCAGCAACAUCUCAGGCGGGCUUCUUCUGGCAUUGCUGGACCGGACGCGCAGACAGAUCCCACGCCACCAGUGCCCGUCUCCCAUUCGGGGGUCUCAGCCUGAGACAGAGGAUGCGAGUGGGGCUGGCUCCUGCCUUUGCCAUCCUGUUGCUCCGCUGCGGCGCCAUGUUUUCUGAUAGUUUUGUGAUGUCCGAGGCUCAUGUGGUCCCUUUCCUGUUGAUAUCCUUGGUGCUGCUGUUGGUGUUGGGGCUUCACUGGAACGGGCGGCUGCGGGAAGGCUCCACAAAGUCCUGGCGGCUGCUUGGCUUCCUGGGUGUCAUUGUAGCCACGGCACGUCUCUUGGGGCUUUUCCAUCAGUGCCGAGAAGAGACUCCCGCCUGCCACUCCUCCACGUUGCUGGCUCCGUUGUCCAAACUUCAAGACCCCCAGGCCAAGAACCUCUCCUACUUCCUGUGCCUGGCUGUGCUCGCCUCCCUCGCUUGGGGCGUGCGCCGCUGGUUGCGCCACUACGGCAACCUCAACAGCCCGAGUGCCCCCGUGUGCUUUGUGCGCUGGGGCUUCCCACUGCUGGCCCUCGGGAUCGGCGGCUACUGGGCCGUCACUUCGGGGUCGGAGGACGAUCUGGCCAAGCUCCGUGCCUGGGUGCAGCUGGCCUUGGUGGCCUUCCCACGGGGAGUCUUUGCUCUGGCGGCGGUAGGGCUGCUCCUCCUCCUCUGCGACCCCGUCACCGUCUUCGUGAGGGACAGCCGGGAUGCAGACCCGGCCAUGGGGGCACCCAUUGUGUCUCCCAGCUCCCAGGCUGAGCUGCUCCACGUCAUCCCCCAGCUCUACCGCCGGAUGCAGGAGAGCCUGAGGAGCCGGCUGGACGCGGGGAAGGAUGGAGACAGAGCUACAGUGGAGGCCUACGGACUCGGCAGCGUCUACUCGGCCGCUCUGCUGAUCUCCCUGGCCCUUCUGGGCUUCCUGCUCAUGAUGUUGCACAGCGAGCGGAUCAGCCUGGUCUUCCUGCUCCUGUUCUUGGAGGCCUUCGCCCUACUCUGGGUGCAGGCCUAUGCCGUGGGCCUCUCCUCCUCUUCUACCUCUGAGUCUGAUCCUUUCUCGGUGCCCUGGUCUGCCGUCAUGGCUUGGGCUCUUGCGGCCGCUCAGUUCUUCUAUGCCACCGGCCACCAGCCUGUCUUCCCCACCAUCCACUGGAACGCGGCCUUUGUGGGCUUUCACCAGGGGCAUGACUCCACCUGGCUGCCGGCCCUUCUGGUUGGGGCCAAUACCUUCGGCUCACACAUCCUCUUUGCAGUUGGGUGCCCUUUGCUUCUUCUCUGGCCCUUUCUCUGCGAAAUGCCUCGCUCCAAGGGAGGGAAACCCAAGGCGGAGGUUUCUGACAGAGAGGAGCAGAUGAUGGAGAUGAGGCUCCGUGAAGCUCCGGAGAAGUUUUCAGCAGCAUUGCUGCAGCUUGGACUCAAGUACCAGCUUGUUCUGGGGGUUCAGCUCCUGGCAUGUGUCUUGGCUGCCAUUAUCCUCAGAAGACAUCUUAUGGUUUGGAAAGUGUUUGCCCCAAAGUUCCUUUUUGAAGCGGUGGGUUUUGUGGUGAGCAGCGUCUUUCUCCUGCUGGGCAUCGGCCUGGUGAUGCGGGUGGACUGUGCGGUCAGCGCGUGGUUCAAGCGCGUCAUCCUUGCUCAGUCAAGGUAGCACCAGGGCAGGUGGCACUCCUUGCAAGAGGCAUCGUCAGGGCUGCCAAAGGUUUUGUGGAUCACAGAAGUGCUGCCAAGAUGCCUUUGUACUCUUCCUCUGGACCUUGCUAGGUUGGAUCAGGGGUCUGUGUGUUUUCCCUAUCAGUGAUGUGACUGAGGGUCAAGGGAAGGGGUCAGUCUGCAUUUGGGCAGGGACUGGUGCUUUGCAAGGUGAACAUUUACACUCUGGAGAGACAUCCAGACCUCACUUGCCCCUUGCAGCUUAUGAAUCUCUAAAAUGCCCCUUGCUAAGCAGGAGUCUUGCCUGAACAUGGAAAAAAACACAAGGGUUAAACUGCUGUUCUCAAGAGAAUCUUGUAGGAAAGGCUCAGGAUAUAGUCGACGCUCUAUAUCCACAUAUUCUGCAUCCCAGAGAGUCUACAUCCACAGAUUCAACCAUCUAUGACUUGAAAAUAUUCCAAAAAGCCUACUUUGAUUUUGCCAUUUUAUAUUAAGGACACCAUUUUAGCACACCAUUGUAUGCCAUGAUUAUCCACAGAUUUUGGUAACCACAGGAAGACCUGGAGCCAAACCCCAGUGGACACCAAGGACUCACAUUAUGGUGUUUCUGGGAAUAAUCAGGUCUUUGGCGGAAGGUACAUCGUGUCGGGUGCCUCUCUUAGGCAUUCCCUUUUACUUGUAGAAGUUUGGGGGUUUCAGCCAUGGUGUGUCUGCUGGGAAUGUCCAAAAGGGAAAGCCAUCACCAGAACCAAGUUGGGAAAUAGAGCAUCCUUUGGGUCAGUCUCUGAGCUGAUGGCAAGGUGAUUUUCCAAUAAAUAGGAUGAAUGCAACACAUGGCCUACUCUUUGGAAAAACCUUCCUGAUGCCCUUAGCAGUCAGCUUUGGGCAACUUCAGAAGGCAGGAAUCUUGCCUUUGUCCCACCCUGGUCAUUCCACAGAUAUAUAAACCCUUUUUCUUAGUUCCAACAUACCUCACUACCUCUGAGGAUGCUUGCCAUAGAUGCAGGUGAAACAUCAGAAGAGAAUGCCUCUAGACCAUGGCCAUAUAGCCCGAAAAAACCUACAACAACCCAACUUCAGAAGGUAUUUUACAGAUUGUAUUUUACUCAGAAUUCUGGCGGUCCAGAAACAGUUUAAGGCUCCUGACAUACAACUCUUAACACUGUGCAAGUUAGUAAAAGAUACCUUACCUGGGCAAAGGAUUCUUUGCAUCCAAACAUUAUUCAGAUUUUGAAACACGAUAGCAGAAAACCCAGGUUCUAGUGCUGAAAUCCGAGUUGUAUUCCAUUGUACAUUCAAAUGCAGAUUUCUAGACUGGGCUUCUAGAAAUGAAAACUUGAAAUUUCUAUCCAUUGCAGCAUCAACACUGCUCUGUCCUGAACAAGCAUGAGAAAUUUUUGGCAGGAAUCAAAGGGCAAGGGAGGCUUGUAGUUCUCUGUAUUGGGUUUGGGCUCAGAGAAGAACCAAGGAAGCUGCUACAAACCAGAUUCAAGCUUUGGCCAUCUGUCUAAGCUAAUAACUCUGCUCUUUCUGGUGUUAUCGGUUGCCCUAGGCCUCAGGGAGAAAAGUAUUUUCCCUCCACUUGCUUCCUGGGCCUUUUAACUGAAGGUCUGGACCAGGGGUCCUCAAACUUAGGCCCGGGGACUGGAUACGGCCCUCCAAGGUCAUUUACCUGGUCCUCACUCAGGGUCAACUUAAGUCUGAAAUGACUUGAAAGCACACAACAAAAACAACAACAAUCCUAUCUCAUCAGCCAAAAGAAGGUCCACACUUCUCAUUGAAAUAAUAAUAAGUUUAUAUUUGUUAAAAUUGGUCUUCAUUUUAAUUAUUGUAUUGCUUUAAAAUGUUUUGCACUACAAAUAAGAUGUGUGCAGUGUGCAUAGGAAUUCAUUCAUGUUCUUUUAAAAUUAUAAUCCAGCCCUCCAACAGUUUGAGGGACUAUGACCUGGCCCUCUGUUUAAAAAGUUUGAGCACCCCUGGUCCGGACCCUUCAGCCUCAACAAAAGAUUGCCCCAGGCACCAACAAGCCACACCAAACAACUGCCAUGCCAUCAAAUGCUAAUCAAGGUGGUCAGUUGAAACAUUCACACCUAGCUCCAGCAGACAAGAGUCCUUUGUCCCACCCUGGUCAUUCCACAGAUAUAUAAACCCAUUUUCCUAGUUCUAACAAACCUCCCUACCUCUGAGGAUGCUUGCCAUAGAUGAAGGCGAAACGUCAGGAGAGAAUGCCUCUAGACCAUGGCCAUAUAGCCCGAAGAAACCUACAACAACCCAGUGAUUCUGGCCAUGAAAACCUUCAACAAUACAUUGAUGCUUAGCCUUGUUUAUGCUGAAUGAGGAAUGGAAGAACAGGAGCAGGGCUUUGGAGUUCCUACACUGUCACGCCUCAGGCCCACUUUGUGACACUUACCAAAGUGUUCCAUUUUGGCUCUGAGUGUGUGGGGCAUCACAACCUUUGGCAAUUAUUGUCCAUCUUCCAUGCAAUGUUCAGCAGAUGGAGCCUGUACUUUUCAAAUGUGGAUUCAGCCAAGCGUUUAGACAAUUGGCCAUUGCAAAGUUCAGCACCUGUGAGCCAAGUCGUGCAUAGCUUUCUCUGUUCUGCCUUACAGAAGGUCAGAAAAGCAGAGACAUAAUUUCCUCUUUCUAUGUCUUCAUCUGAUCUCAUUUUCUUGGUUUUUAACAGGUUUCUUGGGUCACAAAAGUGAGCAUAAUGCUGCUAUUCUUCUUGCCUUGGAACCAGUGAAAAUGCAUUCUUUGUCAAAGGUUUUCAUGGCCGGAAUCACUGAGUUGUUGUAGGUUUUUUCGGGCUAUAUGGCCAUGUUCUAGAGGCAUUCUCUCCCGACGUUUCGCCUGCAUCUAUG